GAUAUUUUGUUGCGUCACGUACCUUGCUUAACCCAAGAUACUAUCUCAAGAACCUAUCACGUAAUAAACAAUCUCUGAUAAAUGCUGUUAUUUCCAUAUCUAUCUUGUUUCUAAUCUGCCAAACACGUUUCUUUAAAGAACGUGUUGAUACUACUUCUCGUGGGUGAAAUUUAAUUACUUCCUUGAUGAGUAUGAACAACAAACACAAAUUAACUAAUAAUCCGAGAGAGGUAGUAACUUCAUUUUUUUUCUUGUGUCGUAGUUUUAAGAAGACGUAAAAGAAGUAUAAACUAACAUAGUGCUAACAGAACCGAGUUAACAAAAAAAAAGAUUUUGGACAGACAGCAGAAGCAACACUGAUGAAGUCAAAUUUAAUUAAAAUUAAAAACGGAGAUUUAACAAAGAAACCAGAAUUGGUUAUGAGUCAAACCAGAUUCACUGUUUUACUGACCGUUCUGAGUAUUUUCAUGGUAUUCAUGUUGCAUCACAUAACCAUUAAUGAAGAAAAGCAACUUGUCAUGAUUGCCAAACUUAGUUUAGACAUUACAAAAAAAAUAAAGAACGAAGAGCCGUCUUUAAAAGAAGCGAUCAAAGAAGAACUUUUAGCCGCAGUUCGAAGGAACCUUACUAGUAUAAAAGCUAACUUAUUGGACAACGUAAAAGAAGUAUUACGUCAUAACGUUGAACAUAGCUUAAGAAAAGACUUCCAGAAGUCUUUAUUAGAGAAAGUAAAACCACGCAUUAUAGACGAGCUAAAGGUCAUACAUAAAAAUGACAUUAUAAUGUUACUGCGGGAAAAGUUAAAAAAAGUGGACUGACCAGCCUGUAGUUUCAAAUAUAUAAAUUAUACUUCUGCAUUUUUUGUUUUUUGUUAUUAUUAUUAUUAUUGUUGUU